AACAUGUAUACAAACUCAUGAUUCACUGUCAUUUAAACAGCUGGUUGCCAUCCAUUUCAUAUUAGUCUACAGUCCCUUUGCAGGUAAUGAGAACACUUCUCAACAAGGCCUUGCAAUGAGUAUGCAAACGGCUUGGUGCUAAGCAGGAGAUCACAGUGCUGCAGCGUGACCCUAAUCUGCAUAAUUACAUUAAAGGCGCUAAAACCCACUGCAAGACGCACGUUCCAAAUAAACACAGGGGAAACAGCAACACUGUUCUUCCAGGCAAGAAGUUAUGAUUCAGCAAAAAUUCAGGCAAGAGUUGUUCACCAAAUAUGAUCCAGUGCAACAAGAAACAGUUUUAACCACCCAUGAUAAAAAUGCCAUGUUCUAUCUGACUGGUCAGAAUAUCAAACAGGCAACUAAAAACAGCCGCAAUCCCAAUACACCUGGCCUCCAUAUGUCAGCCACACAUGGACAGGAGUCAUUGGGUCAGCUUACGGCAUCCUCACCGACCCAGGAGGGCAUGGCACAGCUGGGCUCACUGGUGCUUAAAAAACCUCCCAGGCAUGACUUAGGGAGGCUGGCUGAGGAGCAGCCACUGAGACGCCCCCUGAAGCUCACCCCGCUGGAGCUGCCACAGAAGGUGAGGGAGGCUCAAAGAAAAAAACUUCACUUAAUCCAUCAAGACACCAAACCUACUGACUGUCAGCUUGAUAUGAUGCUCAACAAGAAUAUUAUGUGUAAGCCAAAGCCGAUUGUGAGGCAGAAGCUUACGAAAGCAGUCAUGUGUCCUUCUGUUACAACUAUACCAGUAAACAGUCUACCACAACAGAAAUCCCCAAGACCCCAGCUGACACGCUCUUACCCCAUAGAGAAGAAAGGAGACAAGCAGCUGCAAGACAUUACAUGUCAGGGGAUCCAUGCUUCCGUGUCCAGCAAACCUGCUCCUUCUUUACUUUCUGCCAGAAUUAAAGUUGAGGCUGCAUGCAAUGCAGAGGUGUCACGCAAGACCAUGAGUGCCCUCCAGUCUGAGGUAGACAGAAGGCAGCUGAGGCUGAGGAGAGAGCAAUGCCUCAAAGAGGAUCAGUGCCAAUCCAACACGUCAACUGGGAGAUUAUUCACAGAUGGAGGGAAGCUUGCCCAAGGUGUCCGAGGCAAAGGGCAGCAGGCAGAGUGGGCUUGUAGAGGCCACUCACAUGCUGGAACGAACAUCAAAGAUCCCUGCGCUCCUGCAACCUCCUGCGAGCAGGGAAGUGCUAGGAAGAGCCACCAGGACGGAGGUGGGAAGCAAUCUAUGAGACAUAUCCUGAACAGACAGUCGGAUGACGGUGGAAACAGGGGAACAAUUCCAAUUAGCUGGAAUGUGAAGAGGAAAAUUCCCUUGAUCAUGAAGCAUAACAAUGCCCUCCCUCUGAAAGCUCUAUAAAUGUAAUGAGAUUUCAGCUUGGAAGUAGAUAAUGUCUGAUAAAGUAUUUUCAUGAGUAGCAGAAUACAGUUUAUCAUGUGUUCAUAACAUAAUAAAAAAAUUAAAUAGUGAGAAACCCAUAUGCCAGGUUUGCUUUUAGCUAUGCAUAGUCCUUGUUUUAAAAGCUCCGCAGACUAGACUGACUUAAUUAACUUAGCCUUGGCACAGAGCAAGGCUUUUGAUACAUCACAUGGGGUGUGAUACAGCAGCGAUCCAUGAGAAUGACACUGCAGAGAAGGAAGAAAAAAAUAUCCUGUGGGGUGUGAUCUGAAUUGUGGAGGGACUGAGGAUGUUGACUGGAUGAUCUACAAUCUGUGUUCUUUACUGACAACUGCAUAACUGAUAUAUUGUUUUAUAGUAAAGAGUAUCAAGAAUAUAUAAUCAAAAUGUGUAUUAAUUUAUACUUUUAAAAUAAAUAAAAUACACAGCAAAUGUAAAA